AUGUUGUUCUUUAGUUUCUUUAAGACUCUUGUGGAUCAAGAAGUUGUUGUUGAAUUAAAAAACGAUAUAGAAAUAAAAGGAGUCUUGAAAUCAGUUGACCAAUACUUGAACUUAAAAUUAGAUAAUAUAUCAUGUACAAAUGAAACCAAAUAUCCUCAUUUAACAUCAGUUAAAAAUUUAUUUAUCAGAGGUUCAACUGUUCGUUAUGUCAGAAUUAAUCCUAAUGCUGUUGAUUGUACAUUAUUGCAAGAUGCAUCAAGAAGAGAAGCUAUGCAAGCUGCCAAAUAA